UAGAAAUAACAGUCAUCGUACUCGGAGCGCUGCGAGUGACAGAGACAGUGUUUCUUCAUUUUCAUGGAAAAUCUUUCUCGUUCGUAUUCCAAGAGGAGUUACCAUGGGAAUGGCUUCUCAACCAAAACCAGCAAAUCCCCCUACGACGACGUUUUUAGAGGUCCGCCGAAGCUGAGCGCUCAUUCGCUCUCUCCCCGCCUCGAAGACUACACAGAGAUUUUUGAAGGCUUCCACUCUUCCAGAACUCCCUCUAUUCCGAUUCUGGAUCUCCCGCCGGCCGACGGAGAAGAUGAGCUUACUCCUCUCGAUGUCCGGAGCGCGCAGUUCGACUACACUCAGAUUUUCGGCAGGUUCAAUGUGGUGGAUUUCGCUCUUUCGUUCGAGGAUUUAGUGGAGCAGUCUAAUGCUGGCUACAAUUCUUCAGAGGGAACAUGGAGUCCAGGUCAAAGUGGAUCUCUGUCAGAUGAUUCUGAUCCUUCUGCUUUUUCUGAAAGGAGUGAGGCCUCGCCUUAUGUUAAGCAAUUCAACAUUUCAUCUGCUUCAGAUGGGAUGUCACACUUAACUCAGUUGCAGACUAACCCUUAUCAAUUGCCGUCACCAGCAAGACCACCACCUAACGUACCAAACCCACAGCUCAAACCCUCUAAGAUUAAUCUCGAUCAGCCUGAAGGAGGGAAAUGCAUCAGUUUUGCUGGAAGAUUUUCAGAAAGUGAACAGGAAGAAGGUUAUUCUGUAGGAACUCAGAAGAGUGUUGAAUGGAGGGAAGCAAUGGGAUUCAUUGAAGUGACCGAAAUAUUCCCACCUCAAGACUCACCUGAGAAAUUUAAAUAUGAUAAACAACAAAAGGGGCCAAAUGAGUUGGGUGGGGAGGGAGGAGGAUCUUAUAAGGGGAAUCCAUAUCCAUUUGAGCUUGAUUUAGAUUUGGGAAUUUCACAUCGGCAGGGUGCAUUUUCAGAGUUAAAUAACAAUGGAUGUAGAUAUGAUGUGGACGUAAGAGAAUCUGAACUGAAUAUGGACAAAUCCAGAGCGAAACAAAAUCAUGGAUUUGUUAAAUUUGACAAUGAAAAGAGCAUAGCGGGAGAGGAGCAAAAAACAGACACUGAAAAAGAAAAAUAUCAGGGAAGGUAUAACGACUUUGGUGACGAAACAGAAAAAGGAAAUGUCACUAACAAUGUGAUUGUGGUGGAAAAAAGAGACGAUCAACAAGAAGUUGACAUCGGAGGAAAGGGAAAAGAUGGUGAGCAGGAGGUGCCUCUUGCAAUGAACACAAUUAGAAGCAGAAUUGAAGAGUGUCUUUGGGAAGAAGAUACCGAGAAGAGAAUCAAAUGGGGAAGCACAAUGAAUAAAAAGAAUUUGAUGAUGGGCAUUGAGCAUGAAGAGCUGAAGGAAUGCAAAGAAGUGGCUUGUAAUAGAGAGGAUCAUGAAAGGAUCAGCAUUGGUUUUAAGUGGAAGCAUGGUAUCAAGCAAUUUCCCACAGCUUCUGAGAAGGAAGAACAAGAUGAGAUGAUAUCAGCUGCAACUUCUGAAGUAGAAGCUGAUAGCAUAUUUGAAGAAGACAAUGAGGUUGUUGAUAUGGACUCGAUAGUUAAGGAUCACAGUAAGCUGCAAGAGUUCAGCGAACAUGGAAGAGAAUCAGAAAUUGAAGUUGAUUAUCCUCUGAUUGGAGGAAUACUGAACUCGUCAAGUGAAAAACAAGAGAACUUGCAACACAGAGAUGUCAGAAGUCCACCUUGUUUGAAUGAGCACCUGCCGAACUCCCAAGAAGUUGGGAUCAGCAUUGGAAAAUUACACCCUAAAAAGGUCACUGCACAAAAGGAUUUCCAGUCUGAAAACAUAAAACUGACAACUUUUGAAGGGCAAAAGAGAGACAACAUUGAUGGGUUACAAUUCACCAUUAAGAAGGAAGUUACCAAUGAGAAUUUUUCACAUCAAGCUGUUAGGAAUUGGUCUGAGAGUGGAAAACAUGUUCAAGAGUAUAGAGAGACACCAUCACAGACAGACGAAAGAAACAAAAACAAGAGCUGUGGAAGAGAAGAUGUGGCUUUGAAUGUAGACAGUAUACCUAAGGAGAUGGAGAACGGGUAUCUAAAAAGGAUAGAAGAAGAGAGGGAAAGAGAAAGGGAAAGAGAAAAGGACCGGAUGGACAUCACUCGUCAUGCUCUUGAAAGGCCCUACACUGAAUCCCGACAACGUGCCUUUGGGAAGGAAAUGAAUGCGAAGGCUGUGAAUUGGGCACAAGAACAAGUAGAUAGAUCAUAUUCCGAUAGGUUUUCUGGGAGUAGAGAAAUGCGAACCCACUCCUCCUCUAAUAUUUCGGACCACCAGAACAGGCAAGCUUCAAAGUUGAGAUAUUCAUACACUUCAGCCAAAGCUGGUAUUGAACUCGAAUCGCCUCAGAGAUGUAAAGCUCGGAUAGAGCGAUACCAAAGAACAGCUGAGCGUGCGGUCAAGGCUCUUGCAGAGAAAAGCAUGCGUGAUCUUAUUUUUCAAAGAGAGCAAGUGGAGAGGAAUAGAUUGGCUGAAGCUCUAGACAUUGAAUUGAAGAGAUGGUCUUGUGGCAAAGAAGGGAAUCUGAGGGCAUUGCUGUCAACAUUGCAAUAUGUUCUUGGAAGUGAUAGCGGUUGGCAGGCAGUUUCACUGACAGAAGUAGUAACAUCUGCAGCGGUAAAGAAAGCAUACAGGAAAGCUACUCUUUGUGUCCACCCCGACAAAUUACAGCAGCGUGGUGCAAGCAUCCAACAAAAGUAUAUAUGUGAAAAGGUCUUUGAUCUUUUAAAGGAAGCUUGGACCAAGUUCAACUCAGAGGAGCGUUAGCCUAAGUCAUUUAUUUAUAUCAUGAUGCACCUUUAGUUUGUGCAAUUAGCAAGUCAGGGUGAUUUUUGUCCCUGUCUGCCCAUCUAUUUUUGUCUGCUUAUCUCUUACUCGUUAACUUUGUGGUGUGGUGUAGACUCUAAUCUAGCUCUAGCUCUAGCUCUAGCUCCUACAGUUUUGGUUGGCAACAGAUUUUGGGUGUGAAAAGGGUUCACACAAGGGGAAAAGGUAUAUGAUAUUCUGAUGUGUUUCCAGAGCAGCAAAAAUUGACUAGUGGCUAAUAUGUUUUUAAUUCAUUGGACCUUAGGCAUUUGAUUUGUCUUGUUCAUAAUGUCAACAACUGAACUACAUCUUAUAAAUAUUGUAUGUUUGUUACUCACGAAGAGUCUAUGUUUGACAUCGAUAUCAUAGAUCGAUUAAGGCUUGUAUGUUGUUGUUGGUGUUACUCAUGAAGAAUAUUCAAUUUUUUUAUUACAAAAUGAAU